CAAGUUUCUGUUAUUUUUUUUUUUAUUGAACGAGAAAAAUUAUACUUUAUUAUCUAUACAAAAUUCACACUCAUCGGGUUUGACAAAUGUUACCAUUUCAUUUUCGCAUUCAAUACAAAACCACUCAGAAUAAGUUGGUUUCUCAUUUUCUUCAAUUGUUUUAUGUAGAUCAAUUUUCUCGAGUCGAUCCAAGGGAUAAACUGGUUUCGCACACUCGAAACAUAGCUCCACAAUGCCAUUUUCAUAUUCUUCUUGAGAAUCGAAAGACAAACCUUCUUCAUUAUUCGGACAUGAUUCCUGGAAGGUAUUCUCGUAUGUUCUAACAAAUACUCUUAUGUAUUUUGUCAAUUGACAUAAUUUCGUCUGGAAUAUAUUCGAUUGUUUAAUUAAAUUACAAUAAAAAUUAUUAGACUUACCUUCGCUAUGUCAGUUGCUGCACCAAUCGUUGUUUUUUUAGUUGCCAUUCUGACUGAAUUAAUUUUUUUAAAUUUACUGUCGUGUCUAAAUUCUACAAGCUCGAUUAUAGAUCGAAUGAUAAUCUGUUUACUUUACCGAUCUCUUUAUAUAAAAUGAAAAUCGUUAAUUCUUUUAAAAAGGCAUAUACCAACAGUAAAAUCUAGAACAUGUAAAUUACAUGUGACAUUGGAAAGGAUUGCCAAUCCUAUCGGUAGAACCUUAGCGUCUAUUAAUGCAUACAUUUUUUUAAUUUAUUACAUUUUAGUCUACGACAUAAAUUGAAAUUACCUACUGCCUUUUUUUCUUUUAAUAAUUACAAUAGCGAACAAAAAGAGAAAGGAUAACCGCGUGUAUAAAUACGGUCCGUAUAAACUUAGCGUCUUUUAGCUGCAUAAUUUAUUGCAAUUUAUUACAUUUUAGCUACAUUUUAGCAUAAUACAUAAAUUGAAAUUACCUACUGCAUUUUUUAAUUUUAAUAAUUACAAUAGUGAACGGAAAGAGAAAGGACAAUCAAGUGUAUAAAUACGGCAAUUUAAGCAGAUCAGUUACUAGUGACUUGUGUUUUAUAAGUAUUUACUUGUGCUUAGAUUUUUUAAAGGUAAGAUUUAGUUCGUAUUAUUAAUUUGUAAUUAUCUGAUUAACUUGAAAAUGCCAUAAUUUUUCAAUCCCCUGAAACUAGAAUUUUAAAAUAUAUUUUAGAUGUCUUUGCAGACACUCAACAAUGUUGCCGCAUUCAAUUUCGCGACUCUAAAACUGUGCGAUCUGGAGCAAAAUAAGCCUUAUCGAGUCCAACAAAUCCAGGCACUGCAAACCGUUCAUGGCCGAAGAGUUAUUGUAGACUUGCCGGAGAUUCAAAAAAUUGUGUUUUUACCAGAAAGAUUCAAAUGUUUGACCAACGAAGAAAUAGACUCGCUGAAUAAGCAAAAAAGUAUCAAUCUGGUUUAUAAAGGGAAAAAGACUCUCACAAGUGGUAAAGUGGCAAAUGACCUAGAGUUCCUUGAACUCGAAUAAUAAUUAACAAAGUAAGCUAUUUCCAUUAAAAAUUGUAUACUAAUUUAGUUUUAAGUUUUUACAUCUAUAAAAAAACAUAACAUACACUAGACCUAACCCAGAUAAUUAGAUAGCGUUACUCACUAAGCAAAUCGCUAAUACUAAAAAUAAUUAGUCAGCUCAAAGUUUCUAUCAUCCUUCAACUAAUAAACUCAACGUGAUAGUUAUUCUCUUCAAAUAAUUCAAAAAUGAGCAAACGAAUUAAAUUAGAUUGGAAUAUUGUUGUUGCAUUCAAAGAUCCUAAUUUUUUAGUAGUAUUAUGUAAUUUUUAAUAAUAAUUAAAAAAAAUCAAACAAACAAAUCGUUAUUUUAUUAUCUGUCUUGAAAUCUCGACAAAUACAAUGAGAAAGACCGAGAGAAAAAAGAAGGGAAACAGAGGAAAAAAGAUUGCAUGAUCCCAUGCUUUCGAUUAGAAUGUAAUUGCCAACUACAGUCUUAUUGGGAGCUUAGGAACAUCCGAAUGCUUGAUCAGUCAGUCUUUUGACUUUUUUUACAUUCACUUUUAAAAUGAUGAGUAUAAAUAAUUAUUCUUUAAAUAAAAGUGAACGUUUGAUUUUUCAUAGUGAAUGCUAUGAAAAAUCAAACGAUCGAAAUCGCAGACCUUGCCAGUUAGUAUAAUUUAAUAAUAUUUAAAUAAAAGUGGGCGAUUGAUGUUUUUGCUUUUUAGGGAAAAAUGCUUAACUGCGAAUACUGCGCCAAAUCGUUUUCCAGGAAGGAUAGUUUGAAGCGUCAUGGGGACUGCAGAGCAGCCGUGAAAAUUUACGAGCAAUGUGGAGAAAUCUUUAAAUCAGAGGGAGCUCUCCAACGUCAUCUGAAACAGAAACACCCUAGGGCCCCCAAACGCAAGGCUGAAAAUUCGUCGGUCCCCAUGGCUAAACAAGCUAGACUUGAUCAUUCUACUGGUGAGUUUUUCGUGACGUUUGUAUAGUUUUUUGCUAAUUUAUUAUUUCAGCUUCCACGUCAUCUACGCGUAGGUGUUCGGAUUGUGACCUGCAGAUUCCAACCAGUCGAUGGGCUGGGCAUUUGCGGAGUAUCCAACACCGGAUGAACACCUGUGUGGAGCAGGAGGAAGGCGUACAGCUCGUAAGAACCUCUCUCAAGAACCGAAUUGUUACGUACCGGCUUUCUUCAAAACAGCACCCUACCAGCGUAAAAGAAUUUUUAAAACAUUUGAAACAAAAAUUUAUCAAGCUGGUAGGGGAUAAUGUCAAAAUAUUUGGUCAUAUUAAAGUCGGCAUGGAGCUUUUUGGGCGCUUCCUCCUGCAGACGAAAGAUAUGGAGGAGGUCAAGUCGUUCAACACCAAAUAUCAACUGGUGAGCGAUGGUACCGAUUUAGACGAGGUAUUCCAGCAAUUUUCAGCCAUCAUAGAUAAAAAAUGUGUGGAGUUUCAGGAAAAAGAAAGCGGCUGGGCGCUACAAAAACUACUCCAUUUAGAUAUAGGUGUAAAUAAGGCCAACCCUUUGAAAGCAUCGUCUUAUCUGCCGCUACCGCAAGUGAUUGGCGCUAAGAAAGCUGUCCUAAAUAUACAAAAUAUGGACCAAAAGUGUUUCAUGUGGGCGGUCUUGGCUCACCUACAUCCAAUCGAUUAUACUCAACAUGCGAAUAGAGUCGCGAACUAUUCGCCUUUUGAGAACGAGCUGGACUUUACAGGUUUGGAAUUUCCGAUUAAACUCAAAGACGUUGGUAAGUUUGAACAGCUCAAUAAUAUUUCAAUCAACGUUUACGGACUCGAUGAAGUUUAUGAGAAUGGUAGAAAUAUUAUUGAAGUUGUGGGCCCCUUACACUUUACUAGAUCUCGAAGAGCCAAACAUGUGAAUUUAUUAUUAAUCAGUAAUGAUUAUGGUAAUAGUCACUACUGUUUAAUAAGAAACAUGUCUCGCUUGAUUUCAAGUCAACUAUCGAAACAUAAAGAGGCUAAGCACUUGUGUGAUGGAUACUUGCUGUAUUUUUCAACCGAAAGGAAAUUAAAAGCUCAUCAAGAGCACGACUGUGGUCACGUUUCGGUUAAACUUCCGAUAAUAGACUUGAAGAAAAAUAAAUACGGAGAAGAGGUUCCCGAGAAUAUUCUGAAAUUCAUAAAUUUCGAAAAAAAAUUUAAGGUACCAUUUGUAGUUUACGCUGAUUUUGAGACAAUCAUUGAGCCUGUUGAUACCUUAGAUAAAGAUUUAGAUCCCGAAAAUUCCUACACUCUAAAAACUCACAAAGCCGUUCCUUAUUUUUUCGCUUACUACAUUAAAUGCAAUUUCGACUACUCUCAUUCUUUUUUCAAGACUUUCAGGGGACCUGAUGCACAAAAAGGUAGGAUCUUUGAAUGCAACAACAAUAUUCCAAUUUAAUUUAAUUCGUUUGCUCAUUUUUGAAUUAUUUGAAGAGAAUAACUAUCACGUUAAGUUUAUUAGUUGAAGGAUGAUAGAAACUUUGAGAUGACUAAUUAUUUUUAGUAUUAGCGAUUUGCUUAGUGAGUAACGCUAUCUAAUUAUCUGGGUUAGGUCUAGUGUAUGUUAUGUUUUUUAUAGAUGUAAAAACUUGAAACUAAAUUAGUAUACAAUUUUUAAUGGAAAUAGCUUACUUUGUUAAUUAUUAUUCAAGUUCAAGGAACUCUAGAUCAUUUGCCACUUUACCACUUGUGAGAGUCUUUUUCCCUUUAUAAACCAGAUUGAUACUUUUUUGCUUAUUCAGCGAGUCUAUUUCUUCGUUGGUCAAACAUUUGAAUCUUUCUGGUAAAAACACAAUUUUUUGAAUCUCCGGCAAGUCUACAAUAACUCUUCGGCCAUGAACGGUUUGCAGUGCCUGGAUUUGUUGGACUCGAUAAGGCUUAUUUUGCUCCAGAUCGCACAGUUUUAGAGUCGCGAAAUUGAAUGCGGCAACAUUGUUGAGUGUCUGCAAAGACAUCUAAAAUAUAUUUUAAAAUUCUAGUUUCAGGGGAUUGAAAAAUUAUGGCAUUUUCAAGUUAAUCAGAUAAUUACAAAUUAAUAAUACGAACUAAAUCUUACCUUUAAAAAAUCUAAGCACAAGUAAAUACUUAUAAAACACAAGUCACUAGUAACUGAUCUGCUUAAAUUACCGUAUUUAUACACUUGAUUGUCCUUUCUCUUUCCGUUCACUAUUGUAAUUAUUAAAAUAAAAAAAUGCAGUAGGUAAUUUCAAUUUAUGUAUUAUGCUAAAAUGUAGCAAAAAUGUAAUAAAUUGCAAUAAUUUAUGCAGCUAAAAGACGCUAAGUUUAUACGGACCGUAUUUAUACACGCGAUUAUCCUUUCUCUUUUUGUUCGCUAUUGUAAUUAUUAAAAGAAAAAAACGCAGUAGGUAAUUUCAAUUUAUGUAUUAUGAUAAAAUGUAGCUAAAAUGUAAUAAAUUGCAAUAAAUUAUGCAGCUAAAAGACGCUAAGUUUAUACGGACCGUAUUUAUACACGCGAUUAUCCUUUCUCUUUUUGUUCGCUAUUGUAAUUAUUAAAAGAAAAAAUAGCAGUAGGUAAUUUCAAUUUAUGUCGUAGACUAAAAUGUAAUAAAUUACAAUAAUGUAUGCAUUAAUAGAUGCUAAGGUUCUACCGAUAGGAUUGGCAAUCCUUUCCAAUGUCACAUGUAAUUUACAUGUUCUAGAUUUUACUGUUGGUAUAUGCCUUUUUAAAAGAAUUAACGAUUUUCAUUUUAUAUAAAGAGAUCGGUAAAGUAAACAGAUUAUCAUUCGAUCUAUAAUCGAGCUUGUAGAAUUUAGACACAACAGUAAAUUUAAAAAAAAUAAUUCAGUCAGAAUGGCAACUAAAAAAACAACGAUUGGUGCAGCAACUGACAUAGCGAAGACGAAAUUAUGUCAAUUGACAAAAUACAUAAGAGUAUUUGUUAGAACAUACGAGAAUACCUUCCAGGAAUCAUGCCCGAAUAAUGAAGAAGGUUUGUCUUUCGAUUCUCAAGAAGAAUAUGAAAAUGGCAUUGUGGAGCUAUGUUUCGAGUGUGCGAAACCAGUUUAUCCCUUGGAUCGACUCGAGAAAAUUGAUCUACAUAAAACAAUUGAAGAAAAUGAGAAACCAACCUAUCCUGAGUGGUUUUGUAUUAAAUGCGAAAAUGAAAUGGUAACAUUUGUCAAACCCGAUGAGUGUGAAUUUUGUAUAGAUAAUAAAGUAUAAUUUUUCUCGUUCAAUAAAAAAAAAAUAA